AUGUCCGUUGAUCACAUCUUACCAACAUCUGAAAGUCCUCCAAAGAAAGCUUUGCCAGGGUGGAAAAAACUCGCAGUAGGUGAGACUGGGGGUAGAUUUGUAAUCUUGACGGUCACUGUUGGAGGGUGUAUCAUUUCGUUACCAAGGCGUCUUCUGCGACAGGACGUCAUCACCAACACAAAGGCAAUGGAGAUGCAAAACAUCACAGCUUCACACUGCUCUGUACCUCGGCGAGUUAUACAUGUCAACCUAUCCAGCCCCGACACAACGACAGCGUGUCCAAGUCGGCUGUGCUGCCGUUUCAUGGGACGCCUUGGCAACCAAAUGUUUCAGUUUGCAUCUCUUGUGGGCAUAAGCCGUUCCAAGGGGAUGCUCCCAGUCAUCCGGAAGUCCCACAGACUGCACAAGAUUUUCACUCUGAACGGAAUAACGUCCAUGUCGUACGAUCUAUGUCGGCAUGUCAGAGUUCACCAAGAUAAACGCUCAUGUGCCUUUGACCCACAGUCUAUCGCGUUCUCCAACACAAAAGACAUCGGUUUGUUCGGGUACUUCCAGUCUUGGAAAUAUUUCGCCAACAGCAGUAAUGAAAUCCGGCGACUUCUGACGAUACAAUCAACUGUUUUGCACUCGGCAAAUCAUACACUGAAUAGUUUCAUUCAAGACCAACAUGGGAUUGUUUCCAUGGGUAAAGUCCUCGUCGGUAUGCACAUAAGGCGCGGAGACAUCGCUAGGUCAAAGAAGAAUCAAAUGCACGGCUACGUCCUGGCAUCCAAAGACUACCUUCUGCAGGCAAUGACGUAUUACAGACAAAAGUACGGGAAAGUCUUAUUCGUGGUGUGUUCUGACAGCAAACUGUGGCCAUUUCUGCAUAUACCACACAACGACACAGUGUUUAUCAGUGGCCAAAUGCCUGAAUUAGAUAUGGCCAUUCUUUCUCUAUGUGACCAUAGUAUCAUCACUGUGGGCUCCUUCGGCUGGUGGUCGGCAUGGUUAGCUAACGGUAAUACGGUAUACCCAAAACAUCAGUAUCACCCAGGUUCCAGGCUAGAGAGACAGUUCAAUCUUACGGAUUAUUUUCCGCCUGAGUGGAUAGGAAUGUAA